GAGUGUGUGAGGAAUUGUUGUUGUCUUGAAACAGAAAUGGCGUCCUCUGCAACUCUCUCCUUGCUCUACUCCUCCUUCACCUCUCACUGCAAAAUCUCACCUCCCUCCUCUCAUUUCAACUCCACUCUCACCUCUCUCUCCCUCUCUUCUUCUUCUUCCUCCUCGCACAAGCUUCUCUCCUCCUCUUCAAGACUCGCAUUCCCUCUCCUCCCCAAGUCGUCCGAGAUCGACUCCGCCGUCCUCGAAGCUCCCGAGCCUGUUGCUUCAGAUCCCGCCGCCUCGGAAGUUUCUGCACCCCCAAAACGGGAGGAGAUAUUCGCCGUUGUUAUGAUUGGAGGGCGGCAGUACAUUGUGAUACCUGGAAGGUAUAUCUACACCCAGCGGCUCAAGGGAGCCAAGGUCAAUGAUAAGGUUGUUCUGAACAAGGUGCUGCUUGUGGGAACAAAAACAACUACCUACAUUGGAAAACCAGUAGUGACAAAUGCUGCUAUCCAUGCUGUAGUUGAAGAGCAAGGACUGAAUGACAAAGUGGUAGUCUUCAAGUAUAAGAAGAAGAAGAAUUAUAGGAGAAACAUUGGUCACCGACAGCCAAAUUCACGCAUAAGGAUUACAGCUAUCACUGGCUAUCAAGACUAUGCAGCAGUUACCCUCGACUCAUAGGGGUCCCGUUGGGUAAAGGUGUAGGACUCCGAGCAUUCUGCUGUCUGGAUUGAUUUCUAAUUUUUGUAUCUAAGUGUAAGGUGCCGUAUGAAAACAAUGUACUUGUAGCUCAAUUGUAUUAUGAAUUAUGUUCCAGUUAUACUAUAUUUCACGUAAUUGCGAAAUUUAUUUGCUGAA